UUUGGUAGUAACCUUCAUACUAUUAUUAUUAAGGGAAAAUGUCCUGAAGACGGAUGGGAUGAAAGCACCAUUGAACUGUUUCUUCAUGAACUUGCUAUAAUGGAUAGCAAUAACUUUCUGGGCAACUGUGGUGUGGGUGAGAGGGAAGGAAGAGUGGCGUCGGGACUAGUUGCCCGAAGGCAUUACAGGUUGAUCCAUGGAAUUGGAAGGUCGGGUGAUAUUUCUGCAGUCCAGCCUAAAGCUGCAGGGUCUAGCCUUUUGAACAAACUUACUAAUUCGGUAGUUCUGGAUGUUCUAAAGCUGGCUGGUGUCCGGACAGUGACCAGCUGCUUUGUGGUUCCUAUGGCAACUGGCAUGAGUCUAACUCUGUGUUUUUUAACAUUGCGGCACAAGAGACCAAAGGCAAAAUACAUUAUUUGGCCACGUAUAGACCAGAAAUCUUGCUUUAAGUCAAUGAUAACUGCAGGUUUUGAGCCUGUGGUAAUAGAAAAUGUAUUAGAAGGUGAUGAGCUACGGACAGACAUGGAAGCAGUGGAGGCUAAAAUCAAGGCUCUUGGUGCCGAAAAUAUUCUUUGUGUGCAUUCUACAACCUCUUGCUUUGCUCCAAGGGUACCUGAUAGGCUGGAGGAACUGGCUACAAUUUGUGCUAAUUACGACAUUCCCCAUAUUGUCAACAAUGCAUAUGGAGUUCAGUCUUCAAAAUGUAUGCACCUUAUCCAGCAGGGUGCUCGAGUAGGCAGAAUAGAUGCUUUUGUUCAGAGCUUGGACAAAAAUUUUAUGGUUCCAGUAGGUGGUGCUAUCAUUGCUGGCUUCAAUGAGUCCUUUAUUCAGGAGAUCAGCAAAAUGUAUCCAGGAAGAGCAUCUGCAUCUCCUUCCUUAGAUGUCCUCAUUACACUUCUGUCUCUGGGCACCAGUGGCUACAAACAGUUACUGAAAGAAAGAAAGGAAAUGUUUUCCUAUCUUUCAAGUGAGCUGAAGAAGCUGGCAGAUAACCACAAUGAGAGACUGUUACACACACCACAUAAUCCCAUUUCCUUAGCCAUGUCACUGAAGAAUCUAGAUGAAAAUAAUGCUGCUGCUGUUACUCAGCUUGGAUCUAUGCUUUUCACAAGACAAGUUUCUGGAGCAAGGGUUGUUCCCUGUGGGUCUGUACAAACAGUGAAUAACUACACUUUUAAAGGCUUUAUGUCCCAUACAAACGACUAUCCCUGCGCUUACCUCAAUGCUGCCUCGGCAAUUGGAAUAAAAAAGCAAGAUGUAGAUGUAUUUCUAAAAAGACUCGACAAGUGUUUGAAGGCUUCUAAAAAAGAAGCAAAGAAAGAAAACAGUGUAAAUGAAGUAAGAAAUUCUAAUACAGGCACAGAACAACUGGAAGACUAGAAGAUACAGGUCUAGCAACACAGGAAGAUACGCUUUUUUUUGAAGCAGUCAGAUUUGUAUUGGGCUAGCAUUGGGAAUCUGCAGUGCAGAAAAUUUAUUCCUCAUCUGAAAACAGGAACAACAACAUGUUGGGUGAAAUUCAACUUUAAAGAAAGUAGGUGA